CCUCUUCCACUCAAAAGUCAAACCCAAACCUCUCUCUCUCCAAUGGCUUCCUUAUCCUUCCUCUCAUCCUCUCACCACCUUACUCUACGUACUCCUUCUCUCACCCUACGCAAAAUCUCUUCCCCUAGAACCUCCGUCUCCUUCUCCGUCAAGGCCCAAUCCGUCGCGCUCUCGCAAGACGAUCUGAAAAAACUCGCGGCGGAGAAAGCGGUAGAAGCCAUCAAACCCGGGAUGGUGCUCGGCCUCGGAACCGGAUCCACCGCGGCAUUCGCCGUCGACCAGAUCGGAAAACUCCUCGCCUCCGGCCAACUCCACGACAUCGUCGGCAUCCCUACGUCGAAACGAACCGAGGAGCAGGCCCGCUCCCUAGGCAUCCCUCUCGUGGCCCUCGACACGCACCCCAGGAUCGACCUCGCCAUCGAUGGAGCGGACGAGGUGGAUCCGAAUUUAGAUCUCGUCAAGGGACGAGGAGGCGCGCUCUUAAGAGAGAAGAUGGUGGAAGCCGUUGCGGAGAAGUUUAUAGUCGUGGCGGAUGAUACGAAGCUCGUGACGGGGUUGGGUGGGAGUGGAUUAGCGAUGCCAGUGGAGGUUGUUCAGUUCUGUUGGAAGUUUAAUUUGAUUAGGUUGAAGGAUUUGUUUAAGGAGUUUGGGUGUGAUGCGAAGCUGAGGGUUGGUGGAGAUGGGGAGGCGUAUGUUACGGAUAAUAGUAAUUAUAUUAUUGAUUUGUAUUUUAAGGAGCCGUUGAAGGAUGGGUUCGCGGCGGGGAGGGAGAUUGGGAAGUUGGAGGGAGUGGUGGAGCAUGGUUUGUUUCUUGGUAUGGCUACUUCUGUUAUUAUCGCUGGGAAGAAUGGUGUUGAAGUUAUGACCAAAUGAGAGUUUUUUCAAAAGUUUUUUCUCUGUAAUAUUUUACCAAAAUUGAGUUUUAUGUUCUCCGUCUUGUUCUUUAUCUGUUAGUUGAUGACUAUGGGGAUGGUCAAAAACGUCGCUAUCUUUCAAAUCCAUUUUGUAACUAUAAAAGUAAAUAUAAGAAACAAACAUUGAGCA